UACCUCGGAAAAUAAGCUUGGAAUAAAGACAUUGAGACGUACCCUCUUUCUUCCUCGUACCGUCUCCACUUCUCAGAUCUCUCCUUCGAUACAACGCAAACGUCUCUGCGAAAGGAAACACUUUUAUAACGCAAACGCUUCUAUUCAAUCUCUAAGAAGCAAAGGGAGGGAGAAAUAAAAAAAUAUAUAUAAAAAAACAGAGAUGGGGUACAAGAACAGAACAGAACACGAAACCAAUAACUCUUCUUCGUUGAGUGAAGCCCUGAUUUUUGCCACGAUGUGUAUCAUUGGCCUCCCUGUCGAAGUCCACGUAAAGGACGGUUCUGUUUACUCUGGAAUCUUCUACACUGCUUCUGUUGAAAAGGACUACGGCAUUGUCUUGAAGAAAGCAAAAAUGACUAGAAGGGGAAAAAGUAAUGCAAAUGUAGCAAAUGGGGCUGUAGUGGAAACACUUGUAAUUCUGUCGGGCGAUCUUGUGCAAGUUGUUGCAAGGGGAGUUCAGCUUCCUCCUGAUGGCGUUGCUGGUAGUUUUGCUGGUGAGAAUCUAGAAGUUUUUACAGGGACAGUUUCCUCUUCUGAGGAUCAAAUAAGUGAGGCAAAUAAAUCUUAUAGAUCUGACAUGAAUAAACAGCCUAAUCAAAAAAGGAACUCAGGUGGCUACGAGAAUGGUUUUCUCCAUGGUGAUGUGCCCACCAAAGGUGAGGUGGAUGAUGAAAGGAAAAGAUUGCCAUUGAAUAAUGUGAGGAAUGCCAUAGAAGUUGAUAAUGCAAAAGAAGAUGGGAUAAAUGUGGCAAAGGGUGAAGAAGCUUCUUGUGACACUGUUAAUGAGAGACAGGCUCAGUAUGCUCCCACUUGGGUGCUUGAUCUUGACAAGGAGAAUGCUGAUGAAGUUCAAGGGUCAGUUUCAAACUUGGAACCGUCUCAUGCUCAAGUGAUACCUGCUGAGGGAGACCAUUCAAAGAUGACACUCAAACAGCAUAAUGGUGUAUCACAUGACCCUGCUUAUGCAUGUGACAAACUGGUUAAUCAAUGUUGUGAAAGGCCCACUUUAUCUGAUACUUCUUCAGAUGUUGCUUAUUCAAAUGUUUUGACUUCAUUGAAUCCAGCUGCUGAUGUUACAUCAGCAUCAUCAACGGAAAUGGUCCCUCCACAAAGUUCACAGUCCGGUAAAGUCUCCAAGGAAUUUAAGCUCAAUCCAGGAGCAAAGAUCUUCUCACCAUCAUUUACAAAUUCAUCAUCAGCUACUACUGCAGCACCAGUGGCUGCAAGUACACCUUACAUCCCGAGCAACUCUUCUUUUAUACCUGUUGCUGCUGCGCAGUCAGAAGUUGGAAUGGGUCCUUAUGUGUCUCAUUCAUCAGUGCCUGCUAAGUUUGUACCAUAUGGUAACUUGGCAGUUGGAAAUGGUGGCAGUGCUGCUCAAUUUUCCCAACCUCUCGUUGGACAUGUUGGAACCCGGACGCAACCAAUUAGAUAUGCGGGUCAGUUUCCUGUUCAGGCUGGACCUGCUUAUGUACAUUCAAAUUCACAAAGAGUUAUGGUUGGAAGAUUAGGGGGACAGCUUCUUUAUAUGCAGCCAGUUUCCAAUGAUUUUGUUCAGGGUAUGGCAGCCAUCUCACAAGCACCUGUUCGACCUGCAUUGACACCACAUCAGGUCCCAUUUCCGAAGCACCAAGGAACUGCAGCAGGCCAAGCACUGCAAUUGUGUGUUCCCUCCCCUCUUGUGGCCGGUGGAUUGCAACCUUUUGCAGUGCCAAAUCAUACCCACAUUCCAGUUCUGCAACCUCCAAUCCCUGCCAACCGCCCAAUUCCAGUGCCAGGAUCAAAUGGUCUCUACAGCACCAAAUUUCCAUGAAAAUACCUUUUCUUUUUCUUUUUCGGUUAUCACAACACAAAUUUUUUUUUUUUGCCAAUAAAAAUUUUUGGGUUAUUGUGUUUGUUUUAAGGGCGUCCAAAAUAGGAUUUUUUUUUUUUUUUAACUUUAUUCUUUAUGUACAAGGGACUGCAAAUUUUUUUUUCUGGCUGUACUGAAGCGUUGAUUGGGACUAAGGAGAGAAGAUUGCUCCUUUGUCUCAUUUCUCUUCUUACCUGGUGGGGAAAGUUUUAGGGAGAUUACUUGGGAAUUGCCAGUUAAACAGCUGUAGCUACAAAGAAUAGUAGCAUCUACAAUUUUGAAAUGAAGAUCGCUGCAAUAGUUUGGCUUA